AUGGUCAAGGUGCAUGCGGUGAGCUUCCCAACCUAUCAGGUUGCCGCCCGCGUUGUGGAAAGCGCGCUGUCUCGCGGCCGGUUGGAUAUCUUGCGAUGGUUGUUUGCAUAUCGCCAGAGCAUUGGCAGCUGUACUACAGAUGCCAUGGACAAUGCUGCCGGGAACGGGCAUUUGGAGGUCGUCAAUUGGCUACACGAGAACCGGACGGAGGGCUGCACGACCAGAGCCAUAAACCUUGCUUCCAUGAAUGGGCACCUGGAGGUAGUCCAGUGGUUGCAUGUCAACCGGCAGGAAGGUUGUUCGAAUCGUGCUGUGGAUGGUGCAGCAAGCAAUGGAUUCCUCGAAGUUGUGAAGUGGUUACUGGAGAAUCGGUCGGAAGGGUGUUCAACCAGCGCUAUGGAUGGUGCAGCUGGAAACGGUCACCUCCAUGUUGUGAAGUGGCUGCACGAAAAUCGAGCGGAAGGAUGCACGGGCGACGCGUUUAGAUUAGCAGCAAGGAAUGGGCAUUUGCCAGUGAUAUUGUGGUUGCUUGAACACAAAACUGGGUAUUGCUCAAAGGGGGAUCUAUAUCGUGCUGUAGGGACUUCACACUUUGAUGUUGCGCUCCUGUGCUUCGAGCGUCAUCCCAGUGAACCUACCUUUCCGAGUUAUCUGUCCAGAUCUUUCACGUGGGCAUUUUCGGACUGGCUGUACUCGUACCACGCACCUGAAGUUGCGCUACCGAUACUGGAAAGGUUUCGAAAAGUGCUUACGCGUUGA